GCCUUCUGCGGUUUGGUUCUCAAAACUAAGCGCAUUAUUAGCCAUCUCCUUCUCAACUCUUAUAUUCUCUGCUGUUUCAGGAUAAUCUUCCAUGGGAGAGGUAGACGCAGCCUUCAUCCAAGAACCUCACCACAGGCCCAACCCCUCACUCAUACAAGAGGCCCAAGGCAUCCCUCUCCUCAACCUCUCUUCCCCUGACGUCGACGCCCUCGUCUACGACAUCGGCCGUGCCUGCAAGCACUGGGGCUUCUUCCAGAUCAUCAACCACGGCGUUCCGGAGGCGCGCCUACAGAAGCUGGAGGAGACGGCUCGCAAGUUCUUCCAUCUCAGCCUCGACGAGAAGAGGAAGGUCAGGAGAGACGUCGGAAAUGUGUUGGGAUAUUACGACACAGAGCACACCAAGAACGUCAGGGAUUGGAAAGAGGUGUUUGAUUACGCUGUCAAAGAACCCACUCUCGUCGCCGCCUCCGUCGAAGAAGGCAACAACGGAGUGGCUCUCUGGGAGAGUCAAUGGCCUCAAAACCCUCCUGAAAUGAGGGAGGUGUGCCAGGAAUAUGCGAAGGACAUGGUGGAACUGGCCAUGAGAUUGCUGGAGCUAAUCGCCAUAAGCUUGGGGCUACCGCCGAGAAGGUUUAAAGAAUUCCUCAAGGACCAGACCAGCAACGUCAGACUAAAUUGCUACCCACCUUGCCCGGCGCCUGAGCUUGCCCUCGGCGUGGGUCAUCACAAAGAUCCUGGAGUGCUGACCAUCCUCGCUCAGGACGACGUAGGUGGGCUCGAGGUGAAGCGAAAAUCCGAUGGUCAAUGGGUCGGAGUCAAGCCCAUACCCAAUGCUUACAUCAUCAAUGUUGGUGAUGUUAUCCAGGUAUGGACGAAUGGAGAAUAUGAGAGUGUGGAGCACAGAGUGAUGGUGAACUCGGAGAAGGAAAGGUUUUCGAUACCAUUCUUUCUGAAUCCUUCGCACUACACAGUGGUGGAGCCUCUGGAGGAGAUUACCGACGAGCAAAACCCGCCCAGGUACAGGCCUUACAAUUGGGGCAAGUUUCAACUCACCAGGAAGCGUAGUAACUUCAUGAAGCAACGGUGUGAAAAUAUCCAGAUCCACCAUUUGGAGAAUAUUCAGUCCAAAAAUUAUAUGUAGUAAAUGAUAAAUUAUAUUAUAUAUUGUAUAUUAAUAGUUCUAAAACUAUAGUUAAGGUGUUUAAAAUUAAAAUGUGAGUUUUUUUUAUAAGUAUAAUUUUAAAUAAGUUUUUAAAUAGACUUUCAAAUCAGAUCAAGUUUUAAAUAAAUUCAAGUUUGAAUUAUAAAAAAAUCUUUAUAGGCUUCAAGUUAAAUUCAAAUUUCUUUAUUUAUCACACAGGAUCAAACCUCUUCGACCAAAGCAUGGCUUGAUUUAACCCAUUUUCACCCUUAUUGCUAGCCAGUCAUUCAAAAAUGGCUCCUUGUUUGCUUGUAUUGGAUUGAAUUAAAUUUAAUAGCUGUUUUCUUGUUAUUUACUCCUACAAUCCUAUUUAGUAUUUAUAUAACAAAGAGGGUGUUUAUUUUAGUCAUAUUUAUAUGAAUAAUUGUUAUAUCCA